AUGAUGGAAGGAUGCACAGAGACAUGGAUGAGUAAAGGAGCGACCGCGGGGAAAGCUGAAGGAGUGCGAUUGACGGCUUCUGUGCUGCUGGCCAUCGUUGCCUUCACCCAUGGAUACACGAUGUACCAGAACGUCCCCAAGCCAUCCCAGAGCCCAGAGACUCGCUAUGGCCAGAGAGUAGCGAUUGUCCCUAGAUCAAAACAGAGCGAGGAGAACCAUUCCAGUGGUGGAAACGCCGGUCAACACAAACACAGUGGGAAUAAUCAGCCAAUCGACCAUCGCCUGACACUCUUCAGGACCUUCGGCCAGACACACGUCCAGCCGCAGACUCAAGAGAGCCAAAUAGUACAGAACCACGUCCAGGCACAGCCCACCCACGUCCACACCCGUACCCUGGACUAUCAUGACCCCCAUCCCAAAUACAAAUACGAGUACGCCGUCCAUGACAGCCAUACUGGAGACUUCAAAAGCCAUCAUGAGGAACGAGACGGUGACACUGUCCACGGAAGUUACGAGUUAAUAGAGCCAGGCGGUGCUAGACGUGUAGUGCACUACACUUCGGGAAAGAAUAGUGGAUUCGUGGCUGUGGUUCAUCGUGAGCACACGGUGCACGAAAGACCAGUCCAACAAGAGUCCGCACAUCAAGAACCUGUGUAUCCAAACGAUGUGUAUCACGAAGAGAUGCAACACGACGAGUUACCUAUUCAAGAUGAUGCACAAUAUAAGAAUACAUUACUUUCAGAUCAUCAGGCCGGUCAAGAUCAUCCACAUUAUCCGGCACAGGAGGUGUUCUCUGAAAAUCAAGGUCAUGAGGGCAACAUAGAAACCCAGCAGAGUCAACAACAAUACAUACAAAAUGAACAAAUGCACCAGGAGGUAUACCCUUCAUAUCAAGAACAUCAGUUCAACUCAAUCGAACAGCAAAAUUAUCAACAGAUGCACCAGGAGAUGUACCCUUCACAUCAAGAACUCCAGAGCACCUCGGUUGAACCACAGAGUCACCACCAGUACUCACAACAUCAGCAGAUGCAAGAAGAGGCACAGCAAGAGCUGAAGAGUACCACACUAGACCAGCAAGAUUACCAAAAGUACCCCUAUCGCAAAUAUGACAACAAUAUACGCCAACAAUAUCCAACUCAUCAGGUCGACCACCACCAACGGUACUCUUUGCCUCAGUAUCGCCACAGAGAGUCUGAUAGACAUAAAACUGAUAGCAGCGUUCAAUAA